AUGGCCGAUACAGACAGAAAGGGACUGGUUGUUUUAGCUUACAGUGGUGGAUUAGAUACAUCGUGUAUUUUGGUGUGGCUAAAAGAACAAGGCUAUGAAGUUGUCGCCUAUUUGGCGAACGUCGGGCAGGACGAGGACUUUGAGGCCAUCAGAGCAAAAGCUUUAAAGUUUGGGGCGACGAAGAUGGUCAUUCCGGAUCUGAAGAAAGAAUUUGUGGAAGAAUUUAUCUGGCCAGCAGUGCAAGCUAAUGCUGUUUAUGAAGAUCGUUAUCUACUUGGCACUGCCUUGGCGCGACCCCUGAUAGCCCGUGAAAUGGUUAAAGUAGCUAAAGAAGUUGGAGCUAGUUAUGUUGCUCAUGGCGCCACGGGAAAGGGCAAUGAUCAGAUACGAUUUGAGUUAGGAGCUUAUGCCUUACAUCCUACAAUUAAGAUAUUAUCACCAUGGAGACUACCAGAGUUCUACAACAGGUUCCAAGGACGAGAUGAUUUAUUUGAGUAUGCUCGGGUGAAUGGAAUCCCGCUACCAGUAACCAAAUCCAAUCCAUGGAGUAUGGAUGCCAACAUGAUGCACGUGAGCUAUGAAUCCGGGGUUCCAGAAUGUGAAUUUACACGAUUUUGUAUCAAGAAAAGUCAAGAAUCUGUGGAAGGAAAAGUGACAUUAAAAAUUUAUAAGGGUGGUGUUUAUAUUUUAGCUCGAGAGUCGCCAUCUUCUUUAUAUAAUGACGAAUUAGUGAGUAUGAACGUUCAAGGUGAAUAUGAUCCAACAGACGCGGGAGGUUUUAUCAAAAUAAAUGCUUUGAGGUUGAGGGAAUAUUGUAGACUCCGUGAAAACUCAUCAUAA